ACUCGGUCCAUCCCUGCUUCCCAGACUGCUACCAACAAAGGCGGCGGCGGCCCGGCGGGGUAUGGCGGUGUGCGGCGGGUGAUCCGCGGAUCCGAGCCAGGGGAGCCCCUGCGACGGGGCUGGGCCCGGCCCGGCCAUGGGGUUCCUGCACCAGCUCCAUCUCCUGCUCUGGAAGAACGUGACGCUGAAGCGGCGCAGCCCGUGGGUGCUGGCCUUUGAGAUCUUCAUCCCCUUGGUGCUCUUCUUCAUCCUCCUGGGGCUGCGACAGAAGAAGCCAACCAUCCCUGUGAAGGAAGUCUCCUUCUACACGGCGGCCCCACUCACCUCAGCUGGGAUCCUGCCUGUCAUGCAGUCCCUGUGCCCUGACGGUCAGCGUGAUGAGUUUGGCUUCCUCCAGUAUUCCAACUCCACGGUGACCCAGCUCCUGGAGCAUCUCAAUGAAGCGGUGGAGCAGAGCAGCCUCUUUGACCCACAACACCCAGGCCUGGAGGAGGAGCUGGAGUCACUGCGUCGGCGCCUGGAGGCUCUCAGCAGCAGUGAGCCCAGCUCUACACAGUCCCACUUCAGCAACCAGCCAGGGUCUGGUUUCACACUGGCAUGGGCAGCCAAGGACCAAGGUGAGCUGCACCGUUUCCUGAUGCAGAACCUGUCCCUCCCCAACAGCACGGCCGAGCUUCUCCUGGGCUCCAGCAUCAACCCACAGGAGGUGUACCGCCUGUUUUUUGGUUCCUUUCCUUUGGUACCUGAUGAUACCCAUGAGCGAGAGCUGUGGGAUGAGUUUGGCCCCAGUGAGAAGAUCACACACUUGGAGAAGAGCCUGCCCAGCAGCUGGAGGAGCCUGCAGGAUGGGCUGGUCCACAGGGCACUACGGGACCCGGUGACAGCCCCACGGCGGCCAUCACUGCUCCACCUGCUCUCCCAGGCUCUGGGCCUUGCUGGUACCACCCCAGCACCCACUGCCUCCAGUAGCCCCCAGGCUUUCAUCACUGAGAUGGAGCAUGUCCUCUUCACUGGGCCGGUGCUGGAGCAGCUGACGUGUGAGCAGGGUGCAGGGGGGCUGCACAGGCUCCUGCAUGUUGCCCCCAGGCAGCAGCCUCUGCUGCAGGCGUACCGGGUGCUGGCCUGCAAUGGCACCCAGGGCACUCGUCAGCAGCGCUUCAGCCAGCUGGCCACCGAGCUGAGGAACCAGAUGGACACCCCCAAGAUUGCCAGCAGGCUGAAACUGGACGAGGUGAACAGCACGGCUGCCCAGCACCGCCUCCGUGCCCUCCUGGAGGAUUUGGUGGAGAUGGAGAAGGUUCUCCGGGAUGUGGACAUCCUCUCAGCACUGGCCAAGCUGCUACCCAGGGGAGCCUGUGCCAGCAAGGCCCCCCCACCCACUGCCAACAGCACUGGCUGGGCCAGCACCAAUGCCACGGCCACCAAUGCCACGGCAGAGGAAGAGGGGACUGGGGGGGGCUCUGCUGGUGGUGACAACUCCCAGGGACAGUUCUCAGCAUUUGUGCAGCUCUGGGCUGGCCUGCAGCCCAUCCUCUGCGGCAACCAACCUGUUGGCGCUGGUGCCCUUUGCAGGACAAUCGAGCCCGAGGCUCUGAAGCAGGGCAACAUGAGAUUCACUGGGCUUCACACAAGCAAGGAGCAGCGAAACCUGGGCCUCCUCGUGCACCUGAUGACCAGCAACCCCAAAAUCCUCUAUGCACCUGUGGGCACCGAAGUAGACAAGGUCAUCCUGAAGGCCAAUGAGACCUUUGCCUUCGUGGGCAAUGUCACCCACUAUGCCAAGGCCUGGCUGAACAUCUCCCCUGAGAUCCGUGCCUACCUGGAGGAGGGUCGGCUGCAGAGACGCAUGCGCUGGCUCCAGCAGUUCACUGCUGACCUCCACAAGCACCCAGAGAUCCUGAAUGUCUCAGACAGUGACGUUCUUCAUAAUUUCCUCAAUGGCAACUUCUCCCUGCCCAACGCCAGCGUCCUGCUCCAGCAGCUGGAUGCCAUUGACAAUGCUGCCUGUGGCUGGGUCCACUUCAUGGAUAAGGUCAGUGUGGAUGUCUUCAAAGGGUUCCCAGAUGAGGAGAGCAUCGUCAACUACACAUUGAACCAGGCCUACCAGGACAAUGUCACAGUCUUUGCCAGUGUCAUCUUCCAGACCAACAAGGAUGGCUCCUUGCCCCCUCAUGUCAUGUACAAGAUCCGACAGAAUUCCAGCUUCACGGAGAAGACCAAUGAGAUCCGCCGGGCCUACUGGCGGCCUGGCCCCAACACCGGUGGCCGCUUCUACUUCCUCUAUGGCUUUGUCUGGAUCCAGGACAUGAUGGAACGUGCCCUCAUCAACACCUUUGUUGGCCACGAUGUGGUGGAGCCCGGCAACUAUGUGCAGAUGUUCCCAUAUCCGUGUUAUACCCGGGAUGACUUUCUCUUUGUCAUCGAGCACAUGAUGCCCCUGUGCAUGGUUAUCUCCUGGGUCUACUCAGUGGCCAUGAUGAUCCAGCACAUUGUAACAGAGAAGGAGCAUCGCCUGAAAGAGGUGAUGAAGAUGAUGGGCUUGAACAAUGCAGUGCACUGGGUGGCGUGGUUCAUCACUGGCUUUGUCCAGCUCUCCAUCUCGGUCACGGCGCUCACUGCCAUCCUCAAGUACGGCAAGGUCCUGAUGCACAGUGAUGUCCUCAUCAUCUGGCUCUUCCUUGCCAUCUAUGCAGUAGCCACCAUCAUGUUCUGCUUUCUGGUGUCAGUGCUCUACUCUAAGGCCAAGCUGGCCUCUGCCUGUGGUGGCAUCAUCUACUUCCUCAGCUACGUGCCCUACAUGUAUGUGGCCAUCCGGGAGGAGGUGGCACAUGACAAGAUCACUGCCUUUGAGAAGUGCAUCGCGUCUCUCAUGUCCACCACAGCCUUUGGCCUGGGCUCCAAGUACUUUGCACUGUAUGAGGUGGCUGGCGUGGGCAUCCAGUGGCACACCUUCAGCCAGUCACCCGUGGAAGGAGAUGAUUUCAACCUCCUGCUGUCCAUGAUGAUGCUGAUUGUGGAUGCAGUGGUCUACGGAGUGCUCACGUGGUACAUUGAGGCUGUGCACCCUGGCAUGUUUGGUUUGCCCCGGCCCUGGUACUUCCCCUUCCAGAAGUCCUACUGGCUGGGAAAUGGGAGAGUGGAGACCUGGGAGUGGACCUGGCCCUGGUCCCGCACCACUCGUCUCAGCAUCAUGGAGGAGGAUCAGGCCUGUGCCAUGGAGAGCAGGAGGCUGGCAGAGGAGACCCGGGGCAUUGAGGAGGAGCCAACCCACCUCCCCUUGGUUGUCUGCAUUGACAAACUCACCAAGGUCUACAAGACAGACAAGAAGCUGGCGCUGAACAAGCUGAGCCUCAACCUGUAUGAGAACCAGGUGGUCUCCUUCCUGGGACACAACGGUGCAGGCAAAACCACCACCAUGUCCAUCCUAACCGGCUUGUUCCCUCCAACCUCGGGUUCUGCAACCAUCUAUGGCCACGAUAUCCGAACAGAGAUGGAUGAGAUCCGGAAGAACCUGGGUAUGUGUCCUCAGCACAACGUGCUCUUCGACAGGCUGACAGUGGAAGAGCACCUCUGGUUCUACUCACAGCUCAAGAGCAUGGCAGAGGAGGAGAUCCGCAAGGAGAUGGACAAGAUGAUUGAGGACCUGGAGCUCUCCAACAAACGCCACUCCCUGGUGCAGACCCUCUCAGGGGGAAUGAAGAGGAAGCUGUCAGUGGCCAUUGCCUUCGUGGGUGGGUCACGGGCUGUGAUCUUGGACGAGCCCACUGCUGGUGUGGACCCCUAUGCACGCAGGGCCAUUUGGGACCUCAUCCUCAAGUAUAAGCCAGGGAGGACCAUCCUGCUCUCCACACAUCACAUGGAUGAGGCUGACCUGCUGGGUGACCGCAUCGCCAUCAUCUCCCAUGGCAAGCUCAAGUGCUGUGGAUCUCCACUCUUCCUCAAGAGCACCUAUGGUGAUGGCUACAAGCUGACAGUGGUGAAGAAGCAGUCAGACACCAGGAAUGGCACAGAGCUGGGCCAGCCACACAGCCCCCCAGCCCACUCCUCUGUCAGCCCCUGCUCUGAGCCUCGUGUCUCCCAGUUCAUCAAGAAAUAUGUGGCCUCCUGCCUCCUCAUCUCAGACACCAACACUGAGCUCUCCUACAUCCUGCCCAGUGAGGCUGUCAAGAAGGGCUGCUUUGAGAGGCUCUUCCAGCACUUAGAGCAGAGCCUGGAGGAGCUGGACCUCACCAGUUUUGGGCUGAUGGACACCACACUGGAGGAGGUUUUCCUGAAGGUGUCUGAGGAGGAUCAGUCUCUGGAGAACAGCGACGUGGACAUGAAGGAGUCCAAGAAGGACGCCCUGAGGCCACUCACCCCAGAGCUGGGCCCAAAGCCCCAGGCCAACGGGGAGCCCCUGGCUGAAGCAGCCGUGCCAGAGAAGCCUGAGGUGGAACUCAGCAACCUGGUGACCUGCUCCAAUCUGGCACAGUCACAGGCAUCCCUGCGCUCGGGCUCCUCCGUGGGCUCUGUGCGGGGUGACGAAGGUGGGGCUUAUUCUGAAUUCUUUGGGGAUUAUGCACCCCUGAUCGAUAACCAGCAGGACCCCGAUAACAUCAGUCUGCAAGAACAAGAGACAGAGGACCGGGACGUGGCUGGACAGGGAAGCUUCAAGCUGGAGGGCUCAUGGCUGAAGCUGCGCCAGUUCCAUGGUUUGAUUGUCAAACGCUUCCACUGCGCCAAGCGCAACACCAAAGCCCUCUUCUCACAGAUCCUCCUGCCUGCCUUCUUUGUCUGUGUGGCCAUGACAGUGGCACUCUCUGUGCCUGAAAUAGGUGACCUGCCACCCCUCAUCCUGUCACCGUCACAGUACCACAACUACACCCAGCCCAAGGGCAACUUCAUUCCUUAUGCCAACGAGGAGCGGCGUGAGUACCGCAUCAGGCUGUCUCCCGAUGCCAGCCCCCAGCAGCUGGUGAACACUUUCCACCUGCCCUCCGGUGUGGGGGCCACCUGUGUGCUCAAGGCAGCCUUCAACAACACACUGGACCAGCCCAUGCAAACCCUUAACCUCAACAGCAAUGAGUCCAAGAUGUUGGCAGCCAAGUACUUCGACGCCAUGUGCAUCGAUUCCUUCACCCAGGGCCUGCCACUCUCCAACUUUGUGCCACCACCUCCAUCCCCGGCCCCCUCUGACUACCCUGUCUCGGUGGAUGAGGACCUGCUCCAUGCCUGGAACUCCACAACCUUCUCCUCUGCCAUCAAAGAAACUGUGACCUCAGCCCCUGCCCUGCCCCGCAUCAUCCACGAGCCCAUCAAGUGCAUGUGCUCCAUGCAGGGGACAGGCUUCUCCUGCCCCAGUGGCGUGGGAGGCCACCCCCCCCAGAUGAAGGUGGUGACAGGGGACAUCCUGGCAGACAUCACAGGGCGCAAUGUCUCCGAGUAUCUGCUCUACACCUCGGAUCGCUUCCGGCUGCACAGGUACGGGGCACUCACCUUUGGCAACAUCCAGAAAUCCAUCCCGGCCUCCUUCGGGGCCAAGGCUCCUGCCACAGUGCGCAAGAUCGCUGUGCGGAGAGCAGCCCAGGUCUUCUACAACAACAAGGGCUACCACAGCAUGCCCACCUACCUCAACACUCUCAACAAUGCCAUUCUGCGAGCCAACUUGCCCAAGAGUAAAGGCAACCCUGCUGCCUAUGGCAUCACGGUCACCAACCACCCCAUGAACAAGACGAGUGCCAGCCUGUCCCUGGAUUACCUCCUGCAAGGCACAGAUGUGGUGAUAGCCAUCUUCAUCAUUGUGGCCAUGUCCUUUGUGCCAGCCAGCUUUGUGGUGUUCCUGGUGGCAGAAAAGGCCACCAAGGCCAAACAUCUGCAGUUUGUGAGUGGCUGUGACCCUGUCAUCUACUGGUUGGCCAACUACGUGUGGGACAUGCUGAACUACCUGGUGCCUGCCACGUGCUGCAUCAUCAUCCUCUUUGUGUUUGACCUCCCAGCGUAUACCUCUCCCACCAACUUCCCUGCUGUCCUCUCCCUCUUCCUGCUCUAUGGCUGGUCCAUCACCCCCAUCAUGUACCCUGCCUCCUUCUGGUUCGAGGUGCCCAGUUCUGCCUACGUCUUCCUCAUCGUUAUCAACCUCUUCAUUGGCAUCACAGCCACUGUUGCCACGUUUCUGCUGCAGCUCUUUGAGCAUGACAAGGAUCUGAAGGUGGUGAACAGCUACCUGAAGAGCUGCUUCCUUGUAUUCCCUAACUACAACCUGGGCCACGGCUUGAUGGAGAUGGCCUACAACGAGUACAUCAAUGAGUAUUAUGCCAAGAUUGGGCAGUUUGAUAAAAUUAAGUCACCCUUUGAGUGGGACAUCGUGACGCGGGGGCUUGUUGCCAUGACAAUUGAAGGCUUCAUUGGCUUCUUCAUCACCAUCAUGUGCCAGUACAACUUCUUCCGCAAGCCCCAGCGCCUGCCUGUCUCCACCAAACCAAUUGAGGAUGACAUUGACGUGGCCAACGAGCGUCACCGUGUCCUGCGUGGCGAUGCUGACAAUGACAUGCUGAAGAUUGAAAACCUCACCAAGGUGUACAAGUCCCGCAAGAUCGGGCGCAUCCUGGCUGUGGACCGGCUGUGUGUGGGUGUGCGACCCGGGGAGUGCUUCGGGCUGUUGGGUGUCAACGGUGCCGGCAAGACAACCACCUUCAAGAUGCUGACAGGGGAUGAGAGCACCACUGGCGGGGAGGCCUUUGUUAAUGGGCACAGCAUCCUGAAGGAGCUCCUGCAGGUCCAGCAGAGCUUGGGCUACUGCCCCCAGUUUGAUGCUCUCUUCGAUGAGCUGACAGCUCAGGAGCACCUGGAGCUCUACACCCGCCUGCGUGGCAUCCCCUGGAAGGACGAGGAGCGGGUGGUCAAGUGGGCACUGAAGAAGCUGGAGCUGACCAAGUACGCUGACAAACCCGCCAGCACCUACAGUGGAGGCAACAAGAGGAAGCUGUCAACUGCCAUCGCACUCAUUGGAUACCCAGCCUUCAUUUUCCUGGAUGAGCCCACCACAGGGAUGGAUCCCAAGGCACGGCGCUUUCUCUGGAACCUCAUCCUGGAUGUCAUCAAAACGGGUCGCUCCGUGGUGCUUACUUCCCACAGCAUGGAGGAGUGUGAGGCACUCUGCACUCGCUUGGCCAUCAUGGUGAACGGGCGGCUCAAGUGUCUCGGCAGCAUCCAGCACCUGAAGAACAGGUUUGGAGAUGGCUACAUGAUCACAGUGCGCACCAAAUCCAGCCUCAACAUCAAGGAGGUGGUGAGGUUCUUCAACCGCAACUUCCCUGAAGCUGUUCUCAAGGAGCGGCACCACACCAAGGCCCAGUACCAGCUGAAAUCGGACCAGAUCUCACUGGCACAGGUCUUCAGCAAGAUGGAGCAGGUGGUGGAUGUCCUGGGCAUCGAAGACUACUCUGUCAGCCAGACCACUCUGGACAAUGUGUUUGUGAAUUUUGCCAAGAAGCAAAGUGACAACCUGGAGCAGCAGGAGACAAGUCCCAGCUGCACACUGCAGUCACCUCUGGAGCGGGUACUGAGCCUGCUGCGUCCCCGAGCUGCCCCCACCGAGCUGCGGGCCCUGGUCGUGGAGGAGCAGGAGGACCUGGAGACAGAUGAUGAAGGCCUCAUCAGCUUCGAGGAGGAGAGGGCUCAGCUCUCAUUCAACACGGACACACUAUGCUGAGACUCCCAGGGGUGGCCAUGUCCCCUGGCUGUGAUGCCACCAACCCCUUUUGGCCUCUCCCCCUCCCUUCGCCCCAUCGAGCGGAGCUGCUGCGGCCGGAGAGAAGAAGCCAGAGAGGACACGGUGGAUGUGGCACCAGCCUGGAUCUACCCUGAGAGCCACCUUCCACUGUGUGGCCUUUGUCCCCUUCAGGUCUGGGGCAGUGUCACUGCACAGUGCUGGGGGCACCUGCCCUCAGCUGGUUUGCCCACUGGACAGAGACUAUGAAGAGAAGGACAGAGCUGGGCAGCUGUGCUGCUGGCCCCGCACACUUUGUGGUGGGGACAAGGUCAGUGAGUGGUGCCUUUGGUUGGCCACCCUUGUUGCACCCACCCUGUAGAGCCCCAGCCACAGGGAUGCCUCCAUUCUGCCCUUGGCACUGGCAGCACCCUGGGCACAGCCCUGGCAGGGCCAGAAGACAGACUGCUUUUGCUUGUUUCCAUCCCCCCUGGCGUGGUGCUUGCCCUUGGCACUUAGGGGGUCUUGGGGGCAGGAGCCCUGGUGCUUCACCAUUGAUUCUGUCACCAACAGGAUGUCACCAGUGACCUCCAGCUUCCCUGAGAUAGGGCUGCACCCCCCAGGUGUGUCCCGUGUCCCCACGUUGCUGCCAGCCAAGGGGUCUGGCCGUCCCAGCUCUGCCUCAUGUGCGCUGGACACUUGGUACCAUCCUGGGGGCCCUGCUGAGGGGCACAUGGUGGGGCAGAGGGGCAUUUCACAGGGUAUUUCACUCACUGGCACCAGCUGUUUCUCCCUUCUGCCUCCAACCAUGUCCCUCCUCCCAGAGCCCCUCACUGCCUCCUCCUGCCUGCCCUCACCCCCACUUGCAGGGCAUCACCGCUGCUGUGCCACCUUUCUGUCGUGUCCCCUUUCUGCUCUGUCCCCCUCCUGUUCCUCCUGGCACUCAUUGCUCAGUGUCUGGCCCUGUACAGGAUCCACCUGCACUGGUUUCUUACUGUUGGGUUAUGAGUUGUACUGGGAGGGGGGCUGCUCCACCCCAGGGUGACUCUUGAAGCUGGGAGUGGCAUGGCCUUGAGGUACAAGGACAAGACAGCCCAGUUGGGUGCCAGUGCAGCCUGGCUCAGGUGCCCAGUAGCACAGGGAAGGAAGAUUGGGCCAUGGGGAGGGGGCUGGCAGUGUCCCCAGGGCUGGCCAGCAGUGCUCCUCCUUUCUGCAGAGGGUCCUGCCACCUCAUCACCCUGGAGAGCCAUGCCCACCAGUACCCCACAGCUCUCCAGUAACCUCCAGUUGUGCCCAGGGAUGGGGUUACCAGGGGCCUGUGAUCCUGACUGACCAUGCACUCCUUGGGUGCCUCAGGUUUUUGCAGCACCCUGGGGUGACUGUGCACAGUCCUCCCUCCCUGGGUGGUGCCCAGCCCUAAGCCACCCCUGUCUGUCACCACUGCCCCUCCUGCCUCCCUGGCAGAGUAUCAGCUGGAGGCCCCAGGCUGGCUCCUGCCCACAAACAAGGGGGUAGCACUGCAGGGGGAGGUGGGGAGGGGUCAGCACAGCCCCACGGGGGGUACCCAAGCAAGGGCAGAGCCAGGUGGUAGCUGAUCCUCUGCUGUCCCCAUACCUACUGGGUCUGGCCAGCCCUGUAUGUCACCUGCUCUGGAUUGUGAUACAAUAUACAGUAUUUUCAAUAGGGGAAAAACUGGGGGGGAGAUAAGCUCUAUUUUCAGAUUUUUUCACACCGUAUUUUUUUUUUUAAAUGGCAUACUGGAACCUGGCUGGCUCUGGGGAGGAUGGCAUGGGUGGGCAGCCCCCACCCUGGGGUGCCUGCUCUUCCCUUGCUGGGCACUCUGCCUUCCCAGGUGGGCAGUGGGGACAGACCAGCUCAGGGUGAGCAGGACAGAGUCAGUCUUGGGUGGUGGCACCUGAGUGUGCCCUGCCCUGUGCUCUGACCUGGGCUUUGUCCUCAUCCACCCUGCUGCUCAAGGCUUUGCAGGGCACAGAGUCCCCCACUCUGGAGAGCUCCCCCACUGCCUGCCAGCUCACCCUCCACGUGCCCCAUGGCUUUCAAUGGUCAAUGGAAAAAAAUAAUGGCUUUGUACCCCCCCAGCACAGCAUGCCCAUAGAGCCUGGGUGCCCUCCCUGCCCUGGGCUCAGGGUUGCCCAGGCACAAACCAUCUUGGGGGCACCCCCUGGGUGGCAAGUGGGGUGGGAGUGGGAGGGCAUCACCCCAGGGCAGGGGUGGCUGCUGCCUUAACACUUACUUGCUUCGUUGAGUUUGGCCCUGCUUCCAGCCUCCCUCUGCAUGUCCUUGGCCACCUGUGGGGCUGUGGGGAUGGCACCAGUGCCACGCACAGCCCUGGCACAGGGCACCCACAGGGCUGGGGUCGCCUCAGAGGAGCCUGUACAUUGCAAGCAAAAGAAACAAACAAAACAGA